AUGGAUACUCCGGGCGAAAAAUGUCCGCUCUGUGCUAAUAAACAACGUUUGGUUCCACUUUGGUUCCAGGAAAAUACUGAGACUUGGAUAAAAUGCGAUAUAUGCAAUGUCUGGUGUCAUGCAAGUUGUCUCAAACUUCCUUCCGAGGAAUGUGAUAGAAUUGAUGAAUAUCAUUGUCCAAACUGUACACGGACUCAUGGUCCUAGUGUCUAUAAAGUGGGAAUAAGAAAGUCAAAACGCGAACAUUCCAAAGUCAAUUAUGCUGAUUUAGAAAAUGGUUUAACUGGCAAUCCUUAUAAAUGGAAACGUGUUCUCGAUUCAAAAAUAUUUCAAAAGCACAAAUUCCGUAAAAUACGUGGUGAACAGUUGACAAUAGAUUGGGUGCGUUGGUUUGGUCUUGAAGAGCCUAUCAUUAUCGAAAAUCCAGAUGGCCUUGAUAUGAAAAUGCCUCAUAAGGACAUCACAGUUAGCGAAAUUGCCGAAACUGUUGGUUAUGAUACUCCUGUUGAUGUAAUUGAUGUUUCUACCCAACAAGAAAUUCCUGAUUGGAAUAUGUAUAAAUGGGCUACUUAUUUCGACGGACCAAAACGGGAUCAGGUCUUAAAUGUAAUAAGCCUGGAAGUAAGCGAAACACCCUUCGGCGAUUCGAUAUUGCGACCACGCAUUGUAAGAGAGCUCGAUUGGGUCGAGAACAUGUGGCCAAAUAAAAAAAUGGUCGAAUAUCCUAAAGUUCAGCUUUACUGCCUUAUGAGUAUUAAGGAUAGCUUUACCGAUUUCCAUAUUGAUUUUGGUGGAUCAUCUGUUUUCUAUCAUGUUAUAAGGGGAUCAAAAGUAUUUUAUUUUGUUCCGCCAACACCAUCUAAUUUAAAGAAGUAUUCAAGAUGGAUAUCAUCACCAGAGCAAUCCAUGACCUUUUUUGCCGAUUUGGUCAAAGAUUGUUUUGAAGUGAAAUUAGUUGCUGGUAAUACUAUGAUAAUUCCUACCGGAUGGAUUCAUGCAGUAUAUACACCAGAUGAUUCGAUAGUUAUUGGAGGCAAUUUUUUGCAUGGGUUCAAUAUUGGAAUACAAUUGGCUAUUUAUGACAUUGAGAAACGUACUAAUGUUCCAAUAAAAUAUCGAUUUCCAUAUUUUGAGAAAAUGAGUUGGUAUGCUGGAAAGCACUAUAACAAGAUACUUAAAGAGGAUCCAUCAUCUUUGUCUCAAUGGGAGUUGAAAGGCAUAGUGGAACUUGCACUGUUUUUACUUGGUUUUACUGGUAAACUCGAAUCAAAUAGUGAAUCAACAAUGGAAGAACGGCAAUUAAUAAAAGACAAUAUUCCAAAUGAGGUAUCUGAUCCUAUAAGAUUAACGAAAAGAUUAAGUAGACGGAUAAAUAGGAUUAUAAACCAAGGCAAUAUGAAUUUCGAUGAAGAAGAAUCAGAAGACCAAAAGGUUAAUAUAAAAUCGUGUAGAAGGAAUCAUGAUGAUAAUAGCGGAACAUCACGAAAAGAUAACUCUGUUUCCACAAAAAUCAAGUUAAGGGUUAAAAAACGAGUGUUAGAAGAUGAUCAUGAAAGAAGUGUAAAGUGGGCAAAAACUAGUAGUUCAGUCCCACGACCACCACCAUAUAAUUAUAGCAUUUAUAGUUAUGAUGAAAAUGACCGAGAAUCAUCAACUUCACCAACACCAGAAGAAAUAGCGAAAGUUGAACAAAUAAUAAAGGAAAAAAUUCGAGAGUUCGAGCUAGAAAAUAGAAAGAAAAGUUACAAAAGUUAAAGGGAAAUAAAAUGAUCUCAUCGAGAAUUUACAUACUCAAGCAUUAAUUACAAAUUUGAUACAUCUAUUUUAUUCAAUAAAUUGUUUGAUAAAAUGAUAUUUGGUUAACGGUGCGACAUCUGCGAAUUUUACUUCUAUCUAAAAAUAUAAUUCCGGGAAUUUCUUAUUAGGAAAUUUAAUAAUUCCGGCCGGCUCUAUGAAUUCACGC